GUUAAGAUGAGUGAUUCGGGAGUGGCGGGUUUUCAUCUACUGCUUUACGUCAUCUAGGAAGAUGGGUGAUAAGAGGUUUAAGGUCGUGAUCAAAUCACCUAGUGACAAAAUACCUAGUUUGACUGUGCAAUGCCUUUCUCACUGGCUGGCCAGUGACUUGAAAAACUACUUAUCAGAGCAUCAUCCCGCUCAACCUAGUGUCUCAUCUCAAAGACUUAUCCAUGCUGGUAAACUUUUGAAAGACGAUACAUCAAUCUCAGACAUUUGUAGUCAGGUCGAUGGGCUUCCUACGAUCCAUCUAGUAUAUCCCAGCCCAAGACUAAUGGGUGAUUCUAAUGUCAACAAACACCGAGGUGACAAUACUUUGUUUGAUAUUUCACCCGAGCAAAUGCAUAAAUAUCAGCAGGCGUAUUAUCAUUACUUACAAACUUUUUAUAUGGAGAAUCCUCCAGUAAAUCGAACUGAGUACCGCAUACAGGAUUACCGUUGCCCUAUCGAUUUUGGAUCAGGGACUAUGAUACAAAUGCUUCCCGGAAACUAUAGUUUCCCUAACAAUGCUUAUGUACCACAAACUCAUAGCUCUUCCCACCAAGCAAUCCCAAACAGUUCAUCUAGCAACACGCAACAGUGGAUUCAAAGAGCACAGGCACUUUUAUCCGGUUGGGGAGUGUUUAAUGGUAAUCGUCGUCAGAGGGAAGCGGGUGAGGUAUUACCGAAUGGAGAUGGAGUUAACCAAAGAGCUGACCAAAUUCAACCCCAAGCAGCACAAGAAGUGUUUAAUAAUGCAAUACGAAAUAAUGAUAGACCCGAUGAAGAGGUUAACGGGGUGGGAAAUAUGGACAUAAUUGAUCGUUUUUACUUGCUUUUUCGACUUUGUCUUUUCGUGGGGCUUUGUUUCGCAUAUUCAUCUUUGGACAAGGCACUUAUUGUGUUCUCAGUUGCUGCUUAUGUAUACCUGUUAAUUCGGUAUUCGUGUUUGCCCUAUAUAUCGUUCUUAAUUCCGAUCAUUUGAGAUGUCAGACAACCAUAAGGAUUGGCGUUAAACGAAUUUGGUUAGAGUUUAUUUUCAUCGUUGGAGUUUUUAUUGUCGGAUGAAUUGAUUGGUUAAAUUAUCUAGUUAGACCAGCGGAUGCCAAGAAAGUUUUCCAAUCGACAGCAGAUAACGAAGCAUGUAAAACAUCAAAAUAUCCUGUUUAAAUUAUCAUUUGCAUAAUUACGAAAAUAUUCUAAUUCUAGGUAUAAUAUCUACCGCAGAUACGCUGUUGUAGAGCGUAUAGUACAGGCUGAACGACGACCACAACAAAAUCCGCAAGGUACACAAAGCAAUUUAAAUACUCCAGCAAAUGAACAAUCAGAGAAUCAACAAAGCCAGCUUGCUCAGGAGUCUACAGAUCAAGCAAACGGUAGCCUACGUGGUGAACAAGAAUCGAGAUUUACGAGGAUAACUACAAAUCUACGUUUGGCAGCAAAUCUUUCUUAUCAGUUCUUUUCAGCUCUGAUUUCCUCAAUUAUUCCAGAACAACCACCACCACUACAUCUAGACUAGAGUUCAUUAUCUUCUAACUUGAUUACUGAACACGAUAUUUUAUUUAGUAUGUUAUACAAGAUAUAAUACUGACCCUAUAACCUCGCUCCUUAUCCACUUUUUAUCUUUAAUUUAAUCCGAAAUUUGUCUUUUGUUUCACAAAGUGCCUUCAUUCUUAUGUCUGUACACACAACAUUGGAAAGCGAGAACGUAGCGACUUGUUGAAGGUUCUAUUCACAACAAAAAUCUAUUUCAAGUAUUUUUUGAG